GAAUGAAAUGAAGGGGAUUAUGAUUAUUAUUAAUUAAUUAAUUAUUAUUGUAUUACUUUACUAUACUAUACUUUGUGAGAUUUAUGAUAUGAUGAUGAUAUAGGUAGAUCAGGAUGUAAUGAAAUGAUGAUCAAUCAGAUGAAGUUGCUCCGUUGAGGCAUAUCGCUCGCGGUCGUUGGAAUAUCACAACACUCUCACCGGAACAAAAUAUUUAAACCCAAAAUUUUCAUUUUCUCAUUUUUUUUCCCCAUUCAAUCCCUUUAAUUCCAAUUCAACCAACGAUUAAUAUUCUUCUUCUUCCACGAACCAAAUCCCUAACCGUCUCCGACUUGGUUCCGUGGCACGCGAUCUACGAGAGAAAUGGCAGCGCCGAACAUGGAUCAGUUCGAAGCGUUUUUCAGAAGAGCAGAUUUAGACGGUGAUGGUAGAAUCAGUGGUGCUGAGGCUGUCAAUUUCUUUCAGGGAUCCAAUUUACCUAAACACGUUCUUGCUCAGGUAUGGAUGCAUGCUGAUCAAGCUAAAACUGGUUUCCUUGGGCGGAAUGAGUUUUUUAAUGCUUUGAGAUUAGUAACUGUUGCACAGAGUAAGCGAGAUUUAACUCCUGAUAUUGUAAAAGCAGCGUUAUUUGGUCCGGCUGCUGCUAGAAUUCCAGCUCCGCAGAUAAAUCUUGCUGCUAUACCGCCACAACGACCGAAUCCAGUGGCUGCCCCAUCUGUUGGGCAGAUGGGUGUGAGUGCUGGACCUACAUCAGCUCAAGGUUAUGCCUAUAGAGGACCGGGGUUAACAGGUUCUCCUGCGAACCCACAAUAUCUUCCUUCGCAGCAGAAUGCUAACAUGAGACCGCCUCAAUCACAGGGGUUUGCCGGUUCAGUUGGGAACCAGCAAUAUAUACCUUCCCAGCAGAGUGCUAACAUGAGACCACCUCAAUCACAGGGGUUUGCAAGUUCUGUUGGGAACCAGCAAUAUCUACCUUCCCAGCAGAGUGCUAACAUGAGACCACCUCAAUCACAGGGGUUCCCAGGUUUUGUUGCAAACCAGCAAUAUCCACCUUCCCAGCAGAGUCCUACCAUGAGACUACCUCAAUCACAGGGGUUCCCGGGUUCUGUUGCAAACCAGCAAUAUCCAUCUUCCCAGCAGAGUCCUAUCAUGAGACCACCUCAAUCACAGGGGUUAGCCGGUUCUGUUCCAAACCAGCAAUAUCUUCCUUCCCAGCAGAGUCCGACCAUGAGACCAACUCAAUCCAUGCCUGCUGGUAGUGCCCCUGGUCCACAACAAUUCAUGCCUGCUGGUAACACUCCCCGUCCACAACAAUCAUUGCCCGCUGGCACAUCCCCUCAUCCACAACAGGGCUUUGCAGGUCCCAAUCUCUCAAAUGCUAGCAUCUCAAAUGAUUGGAAUGGUGGAAGGACUGGUAUGGCUCCUUCUAGGCCUGCAGGAAUCACUCCAUCAGUUGCCUUAUCAACACCAACAUCACCAUCUCCGGUCUCACCAAUGUCACAGCCAACAGCUGUUACCACUAAAGCAUUGGCUGUUUCUGGAAAUGGGUACCCUUCAAAUUCAGUUUUGGACGAAGAUUUAUUCUCUACUGCUGCAUCCACACCGAAACAAGACCCUACUCGACAGAAUUAUAAUGUUAGCAGUGCACCUGCUUCAUCAUCCAUUGUUCCAGUUUCCAAUAGUGCCCUCCCUGCAAGUAGGAAAAGUUCACUUGAUUCAUUGCAGAGUUCAUUCUCAAUGUCACCUACAAAUAGUCAGAUUCCGCGGGCACAUUCUUUACCAAAUACAAACCAGCAAAUUUCACCACCAGCUUCUUCUCCGCUGACCACAUCUGGGAGAUCGGUUGGACCUGGAAAUACUAGUUCUGACAACUCACAGCCUCCGUGGCCAAAAAUGAAACCUUCUGAUGUCCAGAAGUAUACAAAGGUGUUUAUGGAAGUUGACACCGACAGGGAUGGGAAAAUCACGGGGGAGCAGGCACGCAGUCUAUUUUUAAGUUGGAGAUUACCAAUAGAUGUCUUAAAGAAGGUGUGGGACUUAUCUGAUCAGGAUAAUGAUAGCAUGCUUUCUUUGAAGGAGUUUUGCUAUGCUCUUUAUUUGAUGGAGCGGUACAGGGAAGGUCGUCCUCUUCCACAGUCUCUUCCAAAUAAUGUUAUAUUUGACGAAACAUUGAUGUCUAUGACGGGGCAUCCAAAAACCUCUUAUGGAAAUGCAGCAUGGGGGGUAGGCCCAGGUUUUCAGCAGCAACAAGGGAUGCCAGGUGCUCAGCCAGCGGCACCAGCAGUGCAAGGAACGCCUGCUCAGGCUGAUGGCACUUUGCCACCUGAUCAGAAAAAGCUUGGAACAUCUGCGUUGGAUGAUUCCUUUUUGAAUAACACAGAUAAUAGUGAGCAAAAUAUUGAGACUGCAGGGGAAAAGGCUGAAGAAACACAGAAUGUGAUAUUGGAUUCAAGAGAGAAGAUUGAGUUGUACCGCAACAAAAUGCAGGAAUUGGUCCUGUAUAAAAGCAGAUGUGAUAACCGCCUAAAUGAGAUUACAGAAAGGGCAUCUGCAGAUAAGCGUGAGGCAGAAUCAUUGGGCAAGAAAUAUGAAGAGAAAUACAAACAAGUGGCAGAAAUAGCAUCCAAAUUGACUGUAGAAGAGGCUAAAUUUCGUGAUAUACAGGAAAGGAAGACAGAAUUGCAGCAAGCCAUCAUUAAAAUGGAACAAGGAGGCAGUGCAGAUGGUAUUCUUCAGGUUCGUGCUGAUCGCAUACAAUCAGAUCUCGAGCAGUUAUUUAAAGCUCUUGCUGAACGGUGCAACAAACAUGAGAUAAAUGUGAAGUCAAUUGCAAUGGUUCAGCUUCCUGAUGGUUGGCAACCCGGAAAUCCAGAGGAGGCAGCUGUUUGGGAUGAAGAUUGGGAUAAAUUUGAAGAUGAAGGAUUUGCCAAUGAUCUCACUUUUGAUACCAAAAAUGCAUCUUCAGAGCCAAAACCUUCAUCCGUUCCCGCAGAACAAAAUUCCUUUGAUGAUAAUUCAGUUUAUGGUUCACCUGUGAAUGCAAAUGGGAGGCAAGAACAUUUUACUAAUGGUGAUUAUACAGUUGAGGAGGAAUCUUCUUAUGCACAGAGUGAAGGCUCGGCAAGAAGCCCCCGCGAUAGCCCAUUUGGAAGGAAUACAGCAGAGAGUCCUUCUAAAGAGUUUUCAAAUGCUCAUUUGAAAAAAGUCCCGAAGCAGAUGCUGAAACACAUAGGUAAUUUGUUCUUUGUUUUUUCUUUCGGUCAUGAAGGGUUGGUUUUUGUCACUUGUCAUCCUUUAUUCCAUUUUUUUCCUUCUGUUUCUGCAAUCUGUGGCUUUAAAUGUGGUGCAUUUAGUAAUUGUGAUGUUGAUAUAUUUAUCAGAAGUUUUGAUGAAUCAACCUGGGGUGCAUUUGACAAUAAUGAUGAUGUGGACUCUGUGUGGGGUUUUAACACCAAGGACUCUGACUUGGAGAAGCAGGGAGAUUUCUUUAAAUCUGGUGAUUUUGGUCUAAACCCAGUUAGAACAGGAUCUACAUUUACAGACGGUGCGUUCCAGACAAAAAGCCCAUUUGCUUUUGAUGAUUCGGUGCCUGGAACUCCAUUUUCCAAGUUCGGAAACUCUCCAAGGUACAGCGAGGCAGGGGAUCACUUCUUUGACACGUCAAAGUUCGAUUCCUCCUUCAGCAUGCAUGAAAGUGGAAAUUCUCCACGAUUUACAAGAUUUGAUUCCAUUAGUAGCAGCAGGGAUUUUGGCAACAAUCAAGAGAAAUUUUCAAGGUUUGAUUCCAUUAGUAGCAACAAAGAUUUUGGCUACAAUCAAGACAAACUUUCAAGGUUUGAUUCCAUUAGUAGCAGCAAGGAUUUUGGCUACAAUCCUGAUAAAUUUUCAAGGUUUGAUUCCAUGAGUAGUAGCAAAGACUUUGGUUACAAUCCUCCCGAGACGCUAACAAGAUUUGAUUCCAUGAGUAGCAGCAAAGAUAUCGGCUUCGGUAGUCAGGGACAUACGAGGUUUGACUCAAUUAGUAGCUCCAAGGACUUAGGCUACAGUGCUCCAUUCUCUUUCGAUGACUCUGAUCCAUUCGGCUCCUCUGGCCCAUUUAAGGUCUCUUCAGAGAAUCAAUCUCCGAAGAAAAGCUCUGAUAAAUGGAGUGCAUUCUAGCCACAGUCCAAGUUUUACUGGUUUUUUUCUUUGUUGUUUUCAUUUCCUUGAUUGUUCAUGAUUAGCCUAUUUUUUGUGUAUAGCUAGAAGAAAAAAAUGCUAGACGUUAAUAUUGUACGGUAUGUAUUAUUUCCAGAGAGCUUUCCUAUAUUUUUUGGGAAGGGGUAGUGUGAGGACGAGUUUUGUGUGGGAGGGACAUAAGAGAUAAAAUUAAACAUGGUGUGAAUGUAAUACUAAGUCGAAAGACAAGCAUAUCCAAAGGUCUUUUUCUUUUUUCUUCCA